AAUCUGAUUUGGCUUCCAAUAAACACGGUGCAUGGUAAUCUGUAUAAAAUCGCCGCGUUUACGGUGUUGAAAUCAGAACGGAAAAUUAGUCCAAACGGUCAAGUACAAUUCGCUAAACAGCAAUUAAUCACUUACAAAAAAACAAAAAUAUCAAAAUGAAAUUCGCUAUCGCCGCUAUCUUCACUUUGGCUCUCGCCAUGGGUGUUCAAUCAUCAGUCCUUCCAUUGUUGCCCGGUCUUACACAAAUCGCCGGACACGGACUCUCCUACACUGCCGUCUCUGGACCAUUGGCCGUUCCCAUUGCUGCGCACGCUCCAGCUGCUGUUAUCGCUGCUGCCUCACCAGCAAUUGUUGCCGCUGCCCCAGGCAUUGUUGCUGCUGCCCCAGGCAUUGUAGCUGCUCACGGACCCUCUGUGGCAGUUCACGCACCUUCUGCUGUAGCUGUUGCUCAUGGCGCUGCAGCGCAUGGUGGUGCAUACGUAGCCCAAACCCGUGGUGCCGUGCAUAGCGCUCCAUUGCCCGGCCAUAUCUCCUCAGUGGCCAACGUGAAUGUUGCUCCCGCACCAGGCACUUGGUAAACUCCCGCAACUUAACUACACAUCCAUCUACCGAUCCCCAACAUCCAAAAUACUACAACAACACUAUUACCGCAAGUAAAUAUUUGUUGUGUAUUGGUGACACGGCUAACUCCUUAAGGACCUCCAUGAAAAUUAUAAAUGUGUAGCUGCGGCACACAUUAGUCGAUAAUGUCAAAGAAGGCGCAAAUUUGGAAAUACGCAGAAAGCAAACGAACGAGCAACAACAAAUAUAUUGGUUGAAUUCUAUAACAUUCAUGACAACAACAACAACCACAAAUGCAACAAUGCAACGAACCCUACAUUUGUGUAGUACAUCAACCAUUUUCUAAACAUCAUCCUCAUUGCACUUUUUUGUAUAAUUUUACUUUCUCUCACUACAUUCCCCCAUAUCCAAUGGUAAAUUCCUCUUUUCAUCGAAGCUUACUUUUGUAUAAAAUGAAUACUUCUUCUGCAUAUGCUUGUAAAAAAGUAUGGUUGUAAAUGAAUAAAAGAUUACGACUAAAAAACAAAA